CUCCUCGACACUAGAGAGCGGACCAUAUAAACUCCGCUUGUUUGUCCCUCGUCAUGCACAAUACUCUGUCUUAUUUUCUAAGGCCUGAAAGUGGGAGGUCCUUUUCCCCGCAUACUCCAACAUGGCACGAGGACCGAAGAAGCACCUGAAGCGCGUUGCAGCGCCCAAGCAUUGGAUGCUUGACAAGCUCACCGGAGUGUUCGCGCCUCGUCCCUCCACCGGUCCCCACAAGCUGAGGGAGUGCCUGCCCCUCAUCAUCUUCCUCAGGAACCGUCUGAAGUACGCCCUGACCGGAGACGAGGUCAAAAAGAUUUGCAUGCAGAGGUUCAUCAAGAUCGAUGGCAAGGUCCGCACCGACGUCACCUACCCCGCUGGCUUCAUGGAUGUGAUCAGCAUUGAGAAAACUGGAGAGCAUUUCCGUCUGAUCUAUGACGUGAAGGGACGUUUCACAGUUCACCGCAUUACCGCUGAGGAGGCCCAGUACAAACUGUGCAAGGUGAAGAAGAACCUCAUCGGCACCAAAGGAGUCCCCCACCUGGUGACCCACGACGCACGCACCAUCCGCUACCCCGACCCUCUCAUCAAAGUCAAUGACACAGUCCGCAUCGACCUCGCCACUGGCAAGAUCACGGAACACAUCAAGUUCGACACAGGUAACCUGUGCAUGGUGACCGGUGGUGCCAAUUUGGGGCGUAUUGGUAUCAUCACCAACAGGGAGAGGCAUCCCGGCUCGUUUGACGUUGUGCACGUCAAGGAUAGUGCUGGAAACAUCUUCGCCACCAGGCUUGGAAACAUCUUCAUCAUUGGCAAGGGCAACAAGCCGUGGGUGUCCCUGCCCCGUGGAAAGGGUAUUCGUCUCACCAUCGCUGAGGAGAGAGACAAGAGAAUCGCUGCCAAGGCCGGCAGCAGCUAAGUCCUGUAUGUAGGUCUAGGCAUCCUGGCUUUGAAAUAAAAACAAUGUUAUUUACAACAAAAUCCAA